UGUUUGCUUUUCAGAGGCUUUCUGAUCACCUGGGAGGAUUUUCUGUCGGCAGGCAUUUAACCAAUACUGGCCCUUUAAGCAGGCUUUCUUAUUUACCUGAGAGACCACACCUGACGUUGACUUCCGCAAAAUUUCACAACAGAAUUUCCAGGUGGCAGAAGUUAGAGAUGGAGAUGUCUCGGCUGACACAUGAUCAUCCCUUGGCAGGGGAUGCCAAGAUGGAAGACAGUGGGGGGACAGAACCUGGAGGAGAAGACAAAGCAAAGAUGUCAAACACGAUGGAACAGAGUACCCAGCAGUGGCCUGGAGACCAUAAGACAGAUGGGCAAACAGAGAGACAGGCAGGACAGAUGGGAGGACAGAAGGUUAAAGGUGACGGGAUGAGUGUGAGGUCCGAUUCAUCUCUUCGCGAGGCAUCUAGUUGGACAGAAAGUGAGCGACAGCUGAAGACAGAACAAGGAAAAAGGGGAGGAGGGGGAGAGGAGGAGGAGCUUAAAGGUGAGGAGUUGGGAAAAAAGGAGGAAGCUGAAGAGAACCACCUGCCAGGAAAAGCAGCUCUGGUCUUCAGUCCAUCUGUAACUGUCCUCCCCUGCCCCUUGUCAUCCAGAGACACUGAGGAAGUCUGGGAAUCAGAGAGGAGUCCCUUUCUGAGUCCUCAUGGAGACAACUACAGCCAACAUGGCUACCAAGAUCAAUUUGCCGAGGACGCGCCCCCUGCCAAGUGUGACUGUGGUUGCCCUGACCGAGAUGCCCUGAAAAUGGGCGUCUCCUUGAUGACAUCAGCGCUGUUUUUCCCAUUUCUGGUGUGGGGCGGGUUUGUCUUCCUGCCGUUUGAUGCACCUCUGCUUGAUAGCGCCCCCCUCAGGCUUGUCUACACUCUGCGUUGCUCUGUGUUUGCUGCUGCUCCCAUCAUCCUUGGCUGGUUGGUUCUAGGGGUCAGUCGACUCAGGUCGGGUGCAACUCAACCGUUUUAUUCUGAUGACGUUAAGGAAGCAGAGCUUCAGGAAGUUGGUGUCCACCGACGUUUUGUUUCCGACUCCGCCUCACUUUUCCUGAUCUACUUCCUUCAGUUGGUAGUCUUGGCGAUGUAUCUGAGCCAGGAGCAGUUGAAGAUCAUCCCACUGCUGACAAUCAUCUUUGCUUUUGGACGGCUGGCCUACUGGGUGGCAGCAGCAUUCAACAGCAGCAUUCGUGCUUUUGGUUUUGGUCUGUCCUUCCUUCCAAGCACUGUCAUGAUGAUUGCCAACUUCUACUUCAUCUUUACUGUGGAGGCAGCAGGCUCCAUCUUUAGCAUCUCACCUCCACCUGAAGAGGUGCCGACUCCACCUCCUAACAGACAGAGGUUCUGGGGAUGAGAUGUCACCAUUAACCAACUUGUCAGUCUGUCAUUGUGUUGAUGACGUUUUUUAUGUUGAACAAAAAACAACUCAGAUUAACAAUAUGUUUUAUUUUGUUGAGUUUAAAGUUUUUUUUCAAUCAAAAUAAUCCAUUUGAGAUCAAUAGCCCUGCCCUUUUUGUGAUAUUUAAUUUAGCUAAAAUAUCUUUGAAGCACUUAUUUUGAAGAUCCUUUUUCCUACUGUGUUUUUGAUCUUAUUUUAUUUUAGUAAAUGAGUUUGUUUCUAAUUUAAAUGUCUAUCAAAUACAAUAUUGUCAUAUAUUAUAUAAUUUCACAAUAAAAGUAUAAAAUCGA